UUGAUUUGUUAGGUUACUUGGAUAUAAAGUAAACUUUAUGUAUCUCUCUCUUCAUCAACACAACGAUGUACGUCUAAACGACAACGCUCCAGCAUGGAACCGCUGCUCCACGAUGUCGUAGAGCGCAUCAUGGAGAUGCUUCCGGUGAAAUCUCUGCUAAGAUUCAAGGCUGUAUCGAAGCAAUGGCAAUCAACAAUAGAAUCACGAUACUUCCAAGAGAGUCAGUUAAAUCAUCGUGAGCAAUCACGAGAUCCAGAUGUCCUCAUGGUAGGCGUACACUCGUCCGAUGUUAAAGACACAAAUAUAGAAUCUCUAAGAACAUUGGUGUCAGGUUCGUUAUCAUCGGUUAAGAUCCCUACUUCUUGGGAGAACAUAUUUUACUCAGUCUGUAGGAAUAGCUGCGACGGUCUCGUUUGUCUUUACCGUUCGCAUAUAUCUUGUCUUGUUGCCAAUCCCGCCACUGGAUGGCAUCGGACUCUUCCUCGUCCUCUCUGCCACUUACAGCGAGGUAUACGAAACUAUAGGGUUGGUUUCGGUAAGGACAAGUUCACGGGCAUAUACAAGCCUGUUUCGCUAUAUAACGGGCGAGAAGAAGCUACUACAUGCGAAGUUUUUGACUUUAGCACUAAUACUUGGAGAUGGGCAACUUCAUUGGUUCACUCAGUGCAAAGAGACCAGAGUUAUUUCUUUGGAUCUUCACACCGAAACUUUUCAAGUCAUAUCUAGCGUUCCAUUUCCCAACGUAGAUCGUUACAACACUGUCAUGUGCAACCUU